AUGACAACAGUUGACCAUCUUUCCAACACUGGCAGUACUGGUAUAGAUCAAAAAUAUUACGAUUGCUUAAAUACACCUCAUGCCUGUGUUUUUACUAACUAUUUAAACGUUUGUUGGAAAGAACCAGAUUCGGUUCUUUGUGCUCUCAACAAGAUUGAAAAUUCUUUUAACGCCCUACUGACUCACGGAGACGUUUGUAAUGAUACUUGUUCGUGCAUUACAACCAAUAUUGAACGUCUUAUUGGUGCGUUGAUUUUCUCGUUAUCAUCUGAGGACAUUCUAUGUAGUCGUUCAGCCACACAAAAUUUGAGACUGAUUUUGCGCGUGACAUUGUUUUAUUUGAAGCUUCCUAGGUUAGACAUUUGUGUUAAUUCCCUGAUUCGUCACGGUCUAUCCCUUGCUGUUCAUCCUAGCGUUAGGUUAUCACUGUGUACAGCGCUUCCACAAAUACUUACCUCAGAUUUAUUUCAUUCAUAUAACAAGAAAGAUGUCGCCCAGGACUUCGAACCAUCCUAUGCAGUUUGGUUGACUGUUUUAUUUCAUCUUCCGGCAGCAAAUCUGCCUACAAGUAUGCAUUUAUUUCUUUGCUCAGAAUUUUCGGGGAAGAUUUCUUCACUUUUUUCCACGAUAUCUGGAAACGUAAAAAUGCUGAUGGGAUUUUGUCCAGCGUACAUUUAA